AUGAAACGAUACCUACUCACCAUCCACACGAACCCAGUGCCUAAAACAAGCAAAAGAGAACGUAUUGAGGUUGAAAAAGACAUUCAGCAAAUACUUUUCAAGUCAUGCAAUGCAUAUUUAGUUUCAGACAAAAUAACACAUGCAUACACAUAUUUUAUAGACCGUCUUAGAAUGGAGAGAACAGUCUGCCUGUUCGGCGCACAUGAUCAAACGCUACAGAAAGCCACAGCCCUCAUUUUAGAGCAUGAGAUAAAAAGUCCUCGGUUUCGGGUUAUGCAACUUCUGGAGCAACUGUCCAGAGUAAAGGCAACAGGGCUGCACUGUUUAAAGCUGCUGGAUGCAUCCAGGAAUAGCCUGAUUAGCAGAUUCAAUCUCUAUAAAAAUGUGUAUAACAUGGAGAUACUUCAUGACAAAAAAAGAAUAUUCAACUACUGCAAGAUACUUGAAAAGAUCUGGGAGUUUCACAGAAGAUACAAGCACUUUUUGUCAAUUGUAAUCACUCUUUCUCGCAUGCUGGAGAAGUGCAAUGAGGAGUACACCAAGUCUCAUGUGCAAAAGGCCGAACUUGUUAAGAUGGCGCGUGCCUGCGACUUCUACACAGAGGUUCAGAAAGUUACCGACAGGAUAUUUACAUGCAUUUUAAACCAUACGGAGAUAUGCAAAGGCGACAUAAAAGCCCUCAAGGGCUUUGCCCUAUACUACGGUGAAUUGGCAUAUGUCUCCUAUGGGGCCUAUGGAUAUGGCUCUCAGGACCUACUUUUCCUUUUCUACGAGGUAUUUGAAAAAAACGGGCAGAUUAAGUCUACGCACAGAAUGAACCAGCUGCUUUCCGCUAUGGAUGUAUAUGUAAAUAGGCAGAUUAUUCUGAAUGUAUAUGCAUUUCAGAAGUGUAGGAAAUCACUCGUCAACAUAAACAGCAAAGAUGGACUAAUUACACCUAGAGCGCUGCUUAAUACAAAUUACUCCAAGGCAAGAUACAUUAUACUUCCAUUCUUUCAUAAGCUGUCUGGGUAUGCUAUGAUUUUCAUGCUUAUUCUAAGCAGCAUAAAGGAUAUCAACUCACUUGCUGCUGGGUUAUUCUCUUCUUUAACAGACCUUGUAAAAUAUGAGCGGGUUUUACUUCUUGUAUACCUUCUUCUGAAGACCGGAAUGAUAUAUGCCUCAGCUUACUUUGCUCAAAUCAAUUCGAUUAUAAUAUAUUCACAAUCCCUAAGAGUGAAGCGGGCUAUUUCAUACUUUAUCGAUCUUCUUGCAAUUGUUUGUGUGCUUACUUUUUCCAUUAUUCUAAAAAUUACAUGCAAUUCUCUUCAAGAGAGCCUGUCCAUCAGAACUAUAAUAUUGUUUCCUAUUUGCAUGCUUUCUCUUGUUCUUGUUCUAAUGGAUAAUGAUCUGCGCCUUCCACCAGUAUUCACAUAUCAUACAAAGAAGGAAAUACUCCUUCUAGGUCUCUAUCUAUUCAGCCUUGGAUCGUGCACAUUUUUACGGCUAGAAUAA